CACGCGGCCUGGCAGGGGACCCGCCGCCUGUUGCUAUUUUCGCCCGCGCUGGCUGGGCGGGAGCGGGGAGGCGGCUACUGGCAGCUGCCGGUCGUGCGGCUCGACCUCCCCCGCCCGGACCGCCGGCAGGUAGAGGCGGGGCUGCCCGUUCGGCCCCGUCCCGACCGGGGCGGACAGCAACAGGAGGCGGAGAGCAGCCCCCUGGCCCGGCCGGGCCGCCCGCGCUGCCGGUGCGCGGAGGCGCUGGUGUGGCCUCCCCUCCCCCGGCUCGUUGGCGGCUCUCUGCCCCUCGCCCCUCAGCGGGAGGUGGGCCGGCGGCGCCUGACAGCCCGCGGCUGCUCCCCGCCAAAGGCACUUCCUUGCAGCGAGCACAUCCUGCGGCGGUCAGGCGGCGGUAAGAGGCGGCCGAAAUCUUCUGUUCCUUAAUCAAAGAACCAUACAGAAGUCAUUCCAUGGAACUGAAAUAUUGAUGAAUUAGUCCAGGUUCUGUAAAGGACUGUAAAAUGGAGCCAAUUACAUUCAAAGUAAAGAAGCACCACAUAUCAAAUGAUUUCUCAGCAAGUUUCAGUCUCCAGCUUGUUGGUUCUCUGCCAGUGCAUUCCCUAACCACCAUGUCAAUGCUGCCUUGGAUUGUGGCAGAGAUCCGGAUGCUCAGUGCAAGGGCUUCCAAAGAAGAACCUAGCGUCAGCCAAAUCCGACUGUAUGUUUCACCAGAGAGUUUGCGAUGUGAACCAGACACUGGGAAAAUCCAGCAGUGGGACCCUUUGAAUUAUUCAGAUUUGUUUGAAUACAAGCCACAGCAUGUCCACAAACUGAUACACAACAGCCACGAUCCAAGCUACUUUGCUUGUCUGAUAAAGGAUGGAGCAGCAAGUCAUCAAAGCAUCUGCUAUGUAUUUAAAGCUGAUGAUCAGACAAAAGUGCCUGAGAUCAUAAGUUCUAUUCGACAAGCUGGAAAAAUUGCUCGUCAGGAAGAGUUUCAGAGUAAUCUCUCAGAUGUCGAAGACCCUUUUGCCAAAAAGUUUGAGGUGCUGUUCUGUGGACGGGUGACAGUAGCACAUAAAAAUGCACCUCCAGCACUCAUAGAUGAAUGCAUUGAGAAAUUUAAUCGUGCAAGUUGUACAAAACAAUCAGAUUGCAACUCAUCAUCUCAACAACAUGAAACUGCCACUAACUUUGGAGGCUUCUCUUUCAGCGACAGAUUUCGGUCUGUUUUCCAGCCCUUGGUCAGUGAAGAAGAGGAGAAAAGGCCAAUUAGGAAAUCCUUUUCCCAGCCUGGGCUGCGUUCCUUUGCUUUUAAGAAGGAUUUGCAAGAGGGAAGCCAAAGGAGUAGCAGCUUUGUCAGGUCUUUCGAAGAAGAUGCCAUUUCACUGAACCUAAAAAGUCAACUCGUCUAUGGACACAGUGUUGUGCAGCCAACAGACAUUGCAGAAAACCGGACAAUGUUGUUUACGAUUGGCCAGUCUGAAGUUUACCUUAUCAGUCCUGACACAAAAAAAGUAGCAAUUGAGAAAAGCUUUAAAGAAAUAUCCUUUUGUUCUCAGGGAAUUAGACAUGUGGAUCACUUUGGGUUUAUCUGCAGAGAGUCUUCAGAAAAUGGAGGCUUCCACUUUGUUUGCUACGUGUUUCAGUGUACAGAUGAAGCACUGGUUGAUGAAAUCAUGAUGACAUUGAAACAGGCUUUCACCGUAGCUGCUGUGCAACAGACUUCCAAGGCACAGCCCCAGCUCUGUGAAGGAUGUCCUAUGCAAAGCUUGCAUAAACUCUGUGAAAAGAUAGAAGGGUUACACCCUUCUAAGACUAAAUUGGAACUACAAAAGCAUCUAACAACACUAAAUAACGAGGAGCAGGCCUCUGUUUUUGAAGAGGUUAAGAAAUUAAGACCAAGGAAUGAUCAAAAAGAGAAUGAGUUGGUUAUCUCUGUUUUGAGAAACAUGUAUGAAGAAAAACAGAAGGACCAUGUCCAUGUUGGAGAAGCAAAACAGGCUUCACAACCCCCUACUGAGAAUGCUGUAAAUGAAGUGCCCAGCAGUACUUCAAGAUUCAGAUUAGAUAUGUUAAAGAACAAAGCAAAAAGAUCUCUGACAGAAUCAUUUGAAAGCAUUUUGUCACGUGUUGAAUGCCAAACAACAAAUAUUAAAGGAACAAAAAUUUGGCAGUCUCAUUCUCAUCAGCAGUAAAAUUGAACAAAGACCUAGUACAGUUUAUUGGUUCAUAGACAUACAACUAGUAGUGACAAAACAAGGCUUUCGAAGCUUAUUUCAGACAUUGUAUCUAACCUGCUUCCAUGAAACAAAUGAUGGCAAAAGCAUGUUCUCCCUGUUAUUAUUAUGCACAUAGAGAAGAUUUUUAGUUGAAUAUCUCCCCUCAUUACUUACCAGCCAGCAUUUGUAGAGUUCACCC